UAUCUUCGUUUGUUUCGUCUCUUGUAUUUGCAACUCCCCACGCCCUCGAAUUAGUACAGUUUUUGGUAUUUUCUUUUUGACCCCAUAUACUUGUCCGGGCCCAACCGACAAAUUGUGGAAUGUUUAUGGGGCCAUUGCGAUAAUAGCCAAAGGCAGAGGGGCUUCCUCGCGAAAUUUACCUAUCUAUUCGAAAAUUUCCGACCGUUGGCCAAAUUGCACACGGGCACACCAGGUAACGGUUUUUCUUACAUCUUCAAAACCCAAAGCACAUUUCGAAAACGCACAACCCCACAUGAAACUCUCUCUCCCCACCACUCGCGAAGAAGAAGAAGAAAUCAAAUGGGUUGCGUCUCGUCGAAAUUGGUAGCUAAAGAAGUUCGAGUAAUCCAAACCCCCCGCAGAAACCUCGAAGCAGACCACCCCGCCGCCGCCGCCGCCGCCGACCACGUCGUGUCUCUCACUUCAAGCACCUAUGGAGUUCUCAAUCUGGACAAGGAGAAGGAGAAGGAAAAUGAUGAUGAACCAGAGCAGCCUGCAGAAGUGACAAAGCAGCAGAUCAUUAAUGAAGAUGUGUUAGAAACGAAGCAGCAGCAGCCUUCCCCGCCACGAGAGGAGCCUUCUGAGAUAAUCAAUGCGUGGGAGCUAAUGGAGGGUCUUGAAGAGGAAGUUUCAGCUGUCAGAAGGAGCCCAAAAUCAAGGCUUUUCGACGCCAGAAGCCCCCUCAAGUUCAUGAACCAAAUAGGUUCACCAAGAAAAGUGAAGAAAGUUGUGGGGAAGGAGAAUAAGGUGAGAGGAAAUGGCGGAAUUAGGUCACUGGAAAAUAGCCCUAAAUUGGUACUGAAGGAAUGCAGCAGCAAUAGUGUCAAGAAGCCGUCGCCGAGGCUGUGGGCGUCAAUAAAGGGAAGUCCCACAGUCAAGAGAUGUAAUAGUUUAAGGAUUGAUACUUCAGGUGUUGUUCUGUCCAGGAAGAGUUUAGGCCCCUUGUUGGAUCCAUCACUUCAGAAGGAGGAAGAGCUCAAGAAAGUUGUCUCGGUUUCGUCCUCACCGACUUCUUGGAAAGACAAACACUCCCAAGAGGCGGAGGCCAUGCUCGAUUCUUACAAGAGGAAGUGCCCCCCGGGAGGCAUAAAUGCAGUGGUGAUAUACACUACCACAUUGAGGGGUAUAAGGAAGACAUUCGAGGACUGCAACAUCGCCAGAUCGAUCAUCGAAUCCCAGAAUGUCCAGAUGAUCGAGCGCGACGUGUCGAUGCACUCGGGGUACAGGGAAGAGUUGAGAGCACUGAUGAACAGCAAGGAUGUGAAAGUCCCACUGGUGUUUGUGAAAGGAAGGUUGAUUGGUGGAGCAGAAGAAAUGGUGAAGUUGGAUGAGGGUGGCAAAUUGGGAAUCCUUUUCGACGGGAUCCCGAAGGCGGCCGCCGCCUGCUCCGGCUGCGGCGGCUUCCGGUUCGUGAUGUGUACGGUCUGCAAUGGAAGCUGCAAGCUUCUGGGCAAGGAUGGGAAGAAGAGUGUCAGGUGCAACAAGUGUAAUGAGAAUGGGUUGAUCCAGUGCCCAUUCUGCAGUAGUUAACUAUUCAAGUUACCACUUUUAUUACCACCUGUGGAUUCGUUUUCUUUUUUUUCCUUUGCCAAUCUCACGGGGAGAUUGAAUGAAUUCUCGAUGGGUUUUGAUUGAUAGUUGAAAAUUGUUCCAACAAAGUUGAAUCUGGAAGUUUUUAGUGUAUUGUUUGAUUCCUGUGUCACUUGGUUGUAGGAGGGUCUAGUUCUAGUUUUAAUGCAGAUUUCCAAUUCAAUGGUAUUAUUGUCUUGCUCACCAUUCAGUUUCUUGGAAUAUAGAGA